AUGGCGAAGAAAGCAAAUGCCCUUGAAGGGCACGUCAGUGGCCAAGCCAACAAACCAAUGUCGAAACCCGCACACAGUCUCACACUCCAACAAGUCGUUGACGAAUUGAAGACCGAAGAGUGGUCUGGUCUCUCAGAUGCAGAGGCCAAGCGCCGUGUGGAGGAGUAUGGCUCCAACGAACUCGGAGAAGCUGAGAGCGUAUCUCCAAUCAAGAUUCUCAUCGCUCAAGUCGCCAACGCCAUGACCUUGGUUUUGAUUCUCGCCAUGGCUGUCAGUUUCGGUAUCAAAUCGUGGAUCGAAGGUGGCGUCGUCGCCUUCGUUAUUGGCCUCAACAUCGUCGUCGGUUUCUUCCAGGAGUGGUCGGCCGAAAAGACCAUGGACUCCCUGCGCAAUCUCAGUUCGCCUACUGCACGCUUGAUUCGAAGUGGCCAACAGGUCACUGUCCCAUCGGCUGAAGUCGUACCCGGCGAUGUCAUCGAAGUCAAGGUCGGAGACACCAUUCCCGCUGAUAUGAGAGUAUUUGAAGCCGUCAACUUUGAGACUGAUGAAGCGUUGCUCACCGGAGAAUCCCUCCCCGUCCGCAAACAAGAAGAUGCCACUUUCGACGAAAAGACUGGUCCUGGAGACCGUCUCAACGUCGCCUACAGUUCGUCCAGCGUCACCAAAGGUCGCGCUAAGGGCAUUGGUGCGGAGGUUCAACGUACUUCGGUUGAGUCUGAGCUUGUUUUCCGUGGUUUGAUCGGUCUUUACGAUCCUCCUCGUCCUGAGUCCGCUGUCGCUGUACGCCAGUGCCACGAAGCUGGUAUUGAGGUCCAUAUGUUGACUGGAGAUCACCCCGAAACCGCGAAGGCCAUUGCGAUCGAAGUCGGCAUCCUCCCCUCUCCAGACCGCUACCGCAAGAUCUCCGGCGACAUCGCCAGAUCCCUCGUAAUGACCGCCUCUGAAUUCGACGAGCUCACCGAUGACCAAGUCGACGAACUCGCCGUCUUGCCCCUCGUCGUCGCCCGCUGUGCCCCCAGCACAAAAGUCCGUAUGAUUGAAGCUCUCCACCGCCGCGGCCGCUUCUGCGCCAUGACUGGUGACGGUGUAAACGACUCCCCCUCUCUCAAGCGUGCCGACGUCGGUAUCGCCAUGGGUCAAGCUGGAUCCGACGUAGCAAAGGAAGCAUCCGAUAUCGUUCUCACAGACGACAACUUUGCCUCUAUCCUCGCUGCUAUUGAAGAAGGUCGUCGUAUCUUUGACAACAUUCAAAAAUUCGUGCUUCACGUGCUCGCAGAGAACGUGGCACAAGCCGGUACUCUCCUUGUCGGUCUCGCGUUCAAAGACCGUACCGGUCUCUCUGUCUUCCCUCUUGCUCCCGUACAAGUCGUCUGGAUCAUCAUGGCUACCUCCGGUCUUCCCGAUAUGGGUCUCGGAUUUGAGCGCGCUGUCCCCGAUAUUUUGAACCGACCGCCCCAAUCCCUCAAGACGGGUAUCUUCACGCUAGAGUUCCUCGUCGACAUGAUCGUAUACGGUCUCUGGAUCACACUCCUCUGUCUCGCCAGUUUCGUGCUCGUAGUCUUUGGUUUUGGCGACGGAGAACUCGGCCAGGGCUGCAACGAAACCUACUCAGAGUCCUGUGAACUGGUAUUCCGAGCCCGCGCCUGCACAUUUGCUUGUUUGACGUGGUUUGCCCUGUUUUUGGCAUGGGAAAUGAUCGAUAUGCGCCGAUCCUUCUUCCGCAUGCAACCCGGUAGCAAACGCUACUUCACGCAAUGGAUGAUUGACGUGUGGAGGAACCAGUUCUUGUUCUGGGCGGUCAUGAUUGGCUUUGUUACGCUGUUCCCGCUCAUCUAUAUCCCGGUGCUCAACACAGUUGUGUUCAAGCAUGCGCCCAUCGACUGGGAGUGGGGUAUCGUGUUCAUCGAGAGUGGAAUCUUCUUUGCCGGUAUCGAGUCCUGGAAGUGGUGCAAGCGUGUUUACUUCCGUCGUAAGGCGGCAAAGAACGGCACUGGCAAGGUGGACAAGAACAUGGAGAUUGAGGACCGUGUGUUUGGAAGGUAUUACAGUAGUAACUCUUCCACCGCGGGUACCGAGGAUAUGCAAGAGAAGGAUAAGGCUUAG